AUGCAAGCCAGUGGUGAUUUUAUUGAAAGAGAAUAUCAUAUUAAAGUGAUGGACAAUGCGCAGUUUGAUAGCCCGAAAAAAGUGAAAAGAUUCAGAAGUGCUUUCACAACAGACCAAGUUAAUUAUUUGGAGAAGCAAUUCAAGAAGUUUCCAUACAUAGGAAACGCUCAACGCAAAGAAGUGGCCGCAGCAUUAAAUAUACCUGAAAGAGCUGUCAAAAUAUGGUUUCAAAAUCGUAGAAUGAAGGAAAAGAAAGAGAGUACUAAGGAAUUUGAUGAUGAACAAGGAAUUAGAAAGUCUGUAGAAUUCACUAAAGAUCCAUUAAAUAAUUUGAGUAUGCCAUCAGCUAAUGAACAAACACGUUCAUUACCACAACUUACUAAUGUGAAUCAAGAAGCUUGUUAUGACAACAUGAGCACGAAUAAUGUGAUAAGUAAUAAACCUCAAGAAAUGGUGCAAGGUGUUCCAGUCAGAGAUUCUGCAGUAAAAAUGACUGCACCGGUCAUUCAAAAUACAGUGACAACUGCUAAAGUGAUCCAUCCACCUCCCGUGUUUGUUAAAGCCAAUCAUUUACCUCCAGAAUUCAAAACAUCUGCAGAAUUCCCUAUCAGUUUAUGUAAGAAGUUUAAAUCUAACACGUUUACUACACCUGCUCACACUGCACCUUCUUUUAAAAAGGAAGUUGAAGAUAUAAAGAAAUGUGAACAACCAAAGCCUGUGGCUUUCGCAGAACAAAUGUUACCAGAGGAUUUAUCACAGAGUAGAAAGAUGAGCAUGCCUUCUAUGUUACAGCAACAAUCGCUUCCAGCAAAUGCUAAUAAUUCAGGUUAUGUAUCUUUGGUGCCGGCUGUUUCACCGUUUUAUACGCAGCCAUAUAUUUCUGCUAGUGGAGUGAUCUGGAAGCCAGUUAGUGUAAUGCCCGUAGUUACUUCUAGUUCGUCACCUACAUCUGCGGGAGGGAAUCCAUUGAUGAACAUGUCUACAGCUCAAGAGAAUAUUUCCAAAGGUGUAUGUAAUUGUAACUGUCAUGUGAAACAAGUGAUGCCUCAUGUGCCCUAUCAUUUUCCUCAGCAAUCGCCAAAUCCUCAGUAUAUAAUAACUGCGGUGCCUUACCAAAAUCCCAGUACAAAGUUUUAA